AACGAAGUGAGCCAGUGGUAUCAAAUUUUUAUCGGAAUUUUUAUUAAUACCAGUUGUUAAUAUUGACGCCACAAGGAAUGCUGUUGACAAAUUCAUUGCUGGAAGACCCUUUACUGGUUGAAGGGACGACAGCAUCUCCGCGUAUCAACACCUGUUUCGCUAUUUUCAUUUUAUUGUUUAAAGAAUCUUCAAUGUAAGACUCGGCUACCACUGACGACUUCCAUCCUCCAUGGCGUUUUAUAUUUAUCAAGUCUGCACCUUCAUUAGCCAAAAGGGUGGCGGACGAUCGACGAAGACAGUGUCCGGUGUAGAUGCACGUAUCUGGUAAUUUCAAAAAUGUUGCUACUUUUUUGGGAAUCUGGCCCAGAAUAUUUUUGCCAACAACUUGGGACGUACAUUUCCCACUUUUAUAAAAAACGAAGAGUCGACGGUGUUUCGUAUGUGACGGCCUCAGAGACAGUCUGAUAUUUCUUCCAAAGUUUUCGUACCGUUUUGAGCCAUGAAUAUCAAUUUGUGAUUAGGACUUUGUAGUUUCAUGCCAAAUGCAUGAGGCCGAGUACAUAACAUAAAAACAUUUUUUAUUAUUCAAUUACUAGACGCUUCAUGUCGAAAGUAAAAACAGUCGACCCUCAAGAAAUAAAAAAUUUUGCCGAUAUGGCCAAUGAUUGGUGGAAUUUGUCGGGCAAGUGUGCGCCUCUUCAUGCACUAAAUAAAUGUAGAAUACCCUGGAUUCACAAUCAACUGGUCGAUUCUGGUGUCAUUCAGCCUCAUGCAAAUCCAUCUGCUCCUCUCGCAGGUCUUUCCACUCUAGAUGUAGGUUGUGGCGGUGGAAUUUUAAGCGAAGGUCCAAGUCGCCUUGGGUGCAACGUUACUGGUCUAGAUGCGGGCGAAGAUGUCAUCGAGAUCGCAAAAUUGCAUGCCGAAAAUUUACCAAACCUGCGCUACGUCAACACAACUAUCCAAGAUCAUGCCGCUGCGAAUAAGGAAAAGUACGAUGUUGUCGUGAGUUCUGAAGUUAUUGAACACGUUACUGAAAAGGAGGACUUUGUCAAGCAUUGCGUAGAGUGCGUUAAACCAGGGGGUUCUAUUUUAAUGACAACUCCUAACAAAACCUGGCUGUCAUGGUUCCAUAUGAUUUUCGUGUUUGAGAGCUUUUUCAGGAUUUUACCGAAAGGAACGCAUAGAUACGACAUAUUCAUUCACGUCGACAAGUUGAAGGAAAUUUUCAAGAAAGAGAAUUGCGAAACUAUACAUACUUCCGGAAUUUUCUAUUUUCCUGUUAACGGCAGGUGGUACUUGAUUAACAAUGAAAAUCCUGGUUACCUUAUCCAUGUUAUAAAACGACCUCAAAUGUUCUAGUUGCUUUUUUCAAAAAUGGAACGUUCUAGAAAGAUUUGAUGGCCAGGAAAGAAGAUUUGUUAAUGAUAAAUUUACUAAAUACUAAAA